UAGGUUGCCUUGUGUAUUUUUUAUUUGUUAGUAAGUUUCGUACGUGAACUGGAAAAAAAAAUUGAAUAAAGCUAAUAGUCGAUCAUAAUACGUAAAAAGUUUUGAAUGUAGAGAUUAAUGUUUUAUCAUAUUUUAGACUCAUUUCGAAUUCUAAGAAGACACGUUUCCGAUAUUUUGUGUACCAACAAUUUGUUACUAUCGUUUUGUACCUGCAGACACCAUAAUCUACCAGAUAUUUGGUUGACAAGUCUAGAAAUGACGUAUUUUCCUCUACCUGCAGACAUGUUGCUUGCUGAUACAAAAAUUCUUUAGAUAACAAAGCAAACCUCACCUAAACAAAGCUUAUAAGUAGGGGUGCACUGUUAAAAACCCUCCAUUAGUAAGGUAGUUGUUUUUACCAUAGUAUAUCCUCUUGCUGGUUUAUUGAAUUAUGAACAUGCUCAAGUUAUUACUGUUUUUCCUGUUUUAUUUUUUGAGUGAUUUAUGCAAUGCUCGAAAUGUGGGUGAAAAUGGACGUUUCUUCGGCUAUACUUAUACAAGCACGGUUGUUAAAUCUAAUGUUGUUACUUCAUUAGUGCCUUCCUCGUGUGUGCAAGUCGAACCCACACUACCACCCUGUAGAAGUGUCCGUUUUUUGAGACUCCCUAAAUUGCCAUCUAUAACGUUCAAUUAUCCUUCGAGCAAUCGUGUUAUAAGUAACAUUAGUGAACCAGAAUUGAAAACAACAGCCUUAGGAUGGGGAGAGUAUUUUGGCCUCUAUGCACCAACUGUAACAGUGACAAGAACAGACCUCCACAUUACCACCGUUGAGGACCCGUCGGUCGUGGUUACAUAUGCUGUAAAAGGAUGCAGACCUUUAAAAUUGCCAUUAGAUCUGGACAGAUGCCCAGAGGAAAGAUCAACAUUUUCUAUUGAAGAGAUUUUAGCAACGUCAACCGUUUUGUUGUCACAAACUGAAACAUUUUUACCAACUAAAACAAUGACGGUGAUAAAUCCAUCGAGUACAGUUUAUCAAAACUUGCCAAAUUUUUCUGACGAAGCCCACUUUCAAGAUAAUGUGAACUCACUUGAACCCUCUGGCCAGGAACAGGUCGAAAAUGGUCCAUCUCGAGCCACCCAAGCUUUACGUAAAUUACAAUAAAUUUAAAAAUCUUAUUUGAAAAUAGUAAGACAUGCAAAAUGUUGCAACAAACUUGUCUACAGGAAAUUGCUUUUAACAAAAGAUACACCUGCUCAAAGACAUGAUAAAAUGCUUAAAUAAAGUCUCAUAUGUUAUACGCGUUGAUUAAGCGAAAUACAGUAUUUUUGCAUUCGCUGCAAGAAAAUUAUUAAUUAGUAAAUAAAUAUUAAAUUGUGUGGGCCUUAUUAUUAUUAUUAUUGUAUGGCGUUUACAUUGUUAACACAAAGUAAGAAAAUAUUAACUCUUAGUAUACAGUAAUGUUCUA